AUGGCUCUCGCCUUUCCUGAGGGCGAGUGCUUCUUCGACCGUAGCGGUUUACGUGUCACGGCCCGACCAGAUAUUUAUGACGCGAAUAAUCCUGAGCUUUUUCAUAGUAACAUGAUGAUUGAGUAUCUUUGGAACGUGCCUGAUGCUAUUGGCGAUCGAGACAGCAAUCAUCCUUCUGGCCAUACUCACCCUCGAGCUACUUACACCAUCGUCCGAAAUGGCGUGUUCAGCACCAGCAGUACUUAUGGUCUUGCCACCCACCGGGGCUUCACGAUUGGAUUUGACGUCCAGGGUCUUAUACAGCUGCUCCCGCUUCCCCGACAGCUUCGCAAGGACAAUGUCUACGCUUCAAGACUCAUCAAGAUUGUGAACCGAAGCAACAUCGUCAUCAACAGCUCAAGUUUCCGACCGGAUAACCCGCGGACUUACUUGAGAGCCUGGGACAUUUCCUGGUUGACCGUCGCUAAUGCAAACUUCGGGUUGGAUCUGCAAUGGAAGCCUGCACAAGGCGGAGGUUGGCUUGAGAAUUUCUUCAAGAAUGUGCUCACCAUGGCUCUUGGAGCCAUACCCAUCUUUGGCCCAAUCCUCGCAGUCGUCUUUCCUGUGGCAUGGACCCUCAUUGUAGACCCAGAUUCAGCUUUUGAAGAGUUGAGGAAUCUGAUGCCAGGCAUUGACUUUGCUGAUAGAUUGAUUCGGCAAAGGAUCUUGGACUCUGUCGAUGAGAGCAAGCAAUAUCUUCCAGAUGGAUGGGAGCAGCUUGCUCUACCGGCACAGAAGCCGAGCACAGCACCAGUCGUAGACGCUGCUCCUCCUCAGCCCGUCCAGACAUUGGAGGAAAUAGGCACAAGCUUAUCAUUUGUCAUGGCGGGGGAAGUUCUUGCACAGACCAACAAAGUGCCACCUAAUGAUGAGCUUGUUGAUGAAGAAGGAGACAGCAUCGUUGAACUAGUCAAUCCGCCAACAGAUUUCCCUGACGAGACGAGCGAAGCAGCCACGUUACCUUCGGAUGGAUGA